AUGGCUGUGGAUGGAUUAGUUGAGCUUAAAUUUAGGCUUGCUGAUGGCAGUGAUAUUGGGCCGAGCAAGUAUAGCUCUGCCACAACUGUCACUACUCUCAAAGAAACAAUCAUUUCACAAUGGCCCCAAGAUAAAGAAAACAGACCUGAGUCCAUAGACGGUAUAAAGCUCAUUAACGCUGGGAAGAUACUAGAAAACAACCGAACCCUUGAUGAAUCACGAACUCCUCUAAGUGAAGUUCCAGGAGAAGUCAUCACAAUGCUUGUCGUAGUGCAGUCUCCUCUUCCAGACAAACACAGUGAUAAAUUGCAGCAUGAAUCCCAUCAAAAGACCGGAUGCUCAUGCUCGAUCAUGUAACGUGUUUGGCAGAGCCAAAGCAAUGUCGUUUACAGGCAUUUUACAUCGUAUUACAAGCAUUUUACCAUGAUUUCUGUUUCAGGCAAUGAUGUGAA